GGCCUCCCACUGUAAACAAUAACACAAGAGUAAACUCAAACAAACUAACUGCGCCUUUAAAUAAGAUGUCACUCCCUCAGACACGCUUAGUAGCCGCCCAGCCUCUGAGGGAGCGGGGCAGCCAUCCGUCAAACACACACCACCACACACCGUUACCUAACAAGUGCUUUGGAUUCCUUAGUCUUUCUGUUGCUUUCUGUUCUAAUUUCACCUCAUUCUAUAACCCAGCUUUCCUUUUUUUCUUGUAUUCGUUUCUUUUCCACUUCUAAACUCUUUCUUUCGUAACUUCGUCUAUAUAUCAAAUUUCGUGUUUUCAUUGUCUUAUAUCUUUAUCUAAUCCUCUCGUUCUCUUUCUAAUCCCCUUUUCCUCCUAAUUAUCUCUUCUGUUAUCCUCUUCUAUUUCUAAUCCAGCUUUUAUCUUAUCUAGUUCUUCCAUUCUCUUGAUUUUAUUUUUAUCUAGCCUUCCCCAACGGUCUCUCUCUCUCUCUCUCUCUCUCUCUCUAGGCUAGUUCUUUUCUUAUCGCAUCAUGAAUCACCCCUCUACAGCCUCCUAUCCUAAUCUAGCUCUUUCUUCCUUAUAUCCCACUCCACUGUAUUUUUCCCACUUGAUAUCCUCCUCCCUGCCUCCUUCCUACGCCUCCUCGCCGCUGCUGUACCCGCCCUGCCGCCUAGGACCGCCCCAUGGCCCCGACGCAGAAGCUCAGCAGAAGCCGCCAUUCUCCUACAUCGCCUUGAUCGCCAUGGCCAUCCGCAGCUCCCCAGAACAACGCCUCACGCUGGCCGGCAUCUACAGGUUCAUCAUGGAUCGCUUCCCUUAUUACCGGCACAACAGACAGGGGUGGCAGAACAGCAUAAGGCACAACCUGAGCCUGAACGAUUGCUUCAUAAAGGUGCCAAGGGAGAAGGGCCGGCCAGGUAAGGGCAGCUACUGGGCUCUAGAUCCAACCUGCUCUGACAUGUUUGAGAAUGGGAACUACCGUAGGAGGAAGCGUAGGCCAAGGCAGGGACAGGGUGUGGCUAGCUCACAGAAGGACAUUCAGGAACCAGGAGUAUCGCCAGCACAGGACAAUGAGAAAACAUGUGCCAAAUAUGAUGCUGGCAGUGGUGUGCAGGGACCAGUGGGUGAUGAGUCUCUACUUAACAAAUCAUUUGGUACCAGUCACUCGCUGGGUAAAGAAGAUAUGCUAGAGGGUCUUAAGGUAGCAUCCCAUGAGCUAGGAGUCAAGGUGCCAGACAGGAUGCAAGUGCUCAAGGACUCCUAUCAGCAAGCCACACUAGGGAGGGAACUUCAAGCCCGGCUGGAGGGCACCACACAUGGGGAAUUAUCGCCAUACAAGAAUGAAAUAUCAAACGUCAAGUACAUACCUCCAAAGUUUGCUGGGAACUAUGGUGGUAGCAGGAACCACUUGCUGGCCUCCUGGUCCUUCCUACAGCACCUCCCUCACCUCCUGCCCCAAGGGAAUCAGGAACACAUUGAGGCUCUAGCACCAAGGCAACCAGACACAAGGAUAGACAUUCCCAGAAAUCAGUGUUCAUCUGCAGAAUUGAGAGCCUUUCCUGAGCUGCUACUCCUCAGAGACAGCUUUGGCAACAGGAGGUCUGGUGUGCUGGCUGGACACAGUGCCAACAAGCUGGAUGUUCAUACUAAUACAAGUACUGUGGACAGUUAUCACACCUCCAGUCCAAGAGGUCGCAGUUUUUUAAUUGAGAAUCUCAUCAGCUAGUGUGGAACUGCAAAUAAACUCUAUUCACUGCA